AUGCGGAGCUGCAGCACGGCCUCGUCUGGAAGGAAGAGGAAAUAUGAUGAGGUGGGAUCGAUACAGACGGAGAAACGAUUCGGAGGACACAUCAUACAAGGAAAAAACAAAAAUGGAAAAGGAAAAAGAAGAUCCAUCAGUCUGUCUAAUGCUUUUUUCAGUGUAAAAAGUUUCGAUAAGUAUGACAAUUCUUUCAAGUUAGUUCGCAGCGAUACAGCACACGAGGAGGGGGAAAAUUUGGAGAUAGAAGCGGAAGCACCAUGCUUAGCUGAUGGGGGAGGAGGUACAGGCAUCAAAGGUGGCGACGGUAUAAGCGGGAUGGAAGAUGUAAGCGCGGGAGACCAACUCACAUCGAAGCCCCCAGUGAAUGAGAUCCUUCUCCAUAUAAAGCGAUUUAAAUUUUUUCUUCUUAAAAAGUCCAUGGUGUACAAAAUUAGGUGUCUGAAUCAUAACUCUACGUGGCUCUCUGAGCUGUCCAAGGGGACGGGAAGAGGCAGACGAGGAGGAGUAAACCGGGGAUAUCUGCACGACUGCCUAUUUGUUAACCCUUUUCCCACCUACAAAGAAGUGGUGCGCUUAUACUAUGAACAAAAAUAUAAAGAAGCCUAUAUAAAGCUAAGCCUAAUUUCAGUUAAUUCCUUUUCUUCACCCUGGGAAGAAGACAUACUAAGGGAUAACUACUUCGACAGGAAAAAAUAUAAUUUGCAUUUCCUCAUCCAUUCGAUAGGAUCCAUACAGAAGAUAAAUUCUCCUUGCGGAAAACACAAUUUAAAAAAAAAGGAAAAAACAAAAGUCCAAAGGAAAGGUAAGAAAAGUUCCACUUCGAAGGGAACAACAAAUGAGUACUCUAUUUUUUCUAACCAGAAAAAGGAGAAAAUAAUUGAUAAGGGGAACACACUCCGGAUGUAUAUGCAAAAUGUGAAGAAGAAAAAAAAAGAGGAAGAAAAAAGGGAAAGAAAAAAAAAACGCAAUUUCAUUGUGAGGUAUAAAUUUAUUAGGUACGAAAAUGAUGUAAAUAGGUGGUGUGAUAGGUAUCUGCAAGAGGGAACAUUUGCAGUGAAGGGGAUAGCCAAGGGGGGGAAAGAAAAAAUGAAGAAUUCUUCUUGCAGAACGGGAGAAAAAAUUAGUGCUCCAUAUAGACAUCACUCCAACACGCGUAGCAAAUCACAGUCAAUGGGUAGGAAGAAGUAUGUGAUAGUACCAUUCCGUAGCAAUGUGCUCAAUCCUUUUGGCAACCUUUCUGAGGAGGGACAGGAAGUGAGAGGGAAGGAAAAGGGAGACAUAAACACCCAUAUUGAGAAGGUACCUGAUGGGACAGAUCUUCCAAAUGGAAAAAAGGGCGAUAAAGUAGAGCACAGCUGCUUCUUAUCGGAGAAGGAAAAAACUCGUGGUUUGGUAAGAAGAAGAACCAAGGUAGACACCAAUUUGUUAAUCUUCCUCAAAAUGUUGUGUCUGUAUAAAUAUGCCCACUCCUUUGGAGAGAACAAAGUGUUAAGCCUAGGUGGGGAUAUUUCGCUUAAGCUACAAAACAACCGUUCUGAAGCAAAUGAACUGAAUUGUCCGACCCAAAAGGUUAGUAUAGGAAGCGCUUUGAAAAUGGAAAUACUAAUGUAUAUGGUCAAGUAUCUGAGGAGAGUCCAAAAAGCAAUUAAAUUAGAUACGCACCUUUGUCUGCUACUAAGUGUUGUUUACUAUGAUUUGAAAAAAUUUCAUAAAAGUGUGGUAUAUGUGAGGAAAAGCAUCAGACGUGACUAUUUCAACUUUGUGGCGUGGGUUUUCUUUAACAAUUUAAUUUCCAUCGAAUUGUUUACUGGAGGUAGUUUAGGAAAAAGCAAAACGGGAAGACGUGAUAGUGAGUUGUUAAUGGAAACUGCCCAGGGGCGCAGCCAGACGUGUGGAAGCACUUAUGAAUCCAUUUAUGAAGAAAAAAAAAGAUUUCGCGAAAACUCCAAAAAGUUGAAAAGGCUGUGUAACUAUUUGUUUUUAAAUGAAUAUAUUCAAAAUGGAAAACAGGACUUCCUAGACGUGGCGGAGCACUAUUCUAGGUACAUCUACGUGAACCCCCUGCGCAACUCUGGGGCAUCUUUUUUUUUUAGAAACGGUUACUUUGUAAGUCGCGUUUUUAGGCAGGGGGGAGAACAGCGGCUAAAAAAGGGGAAUUACUCAAAAAAAACCAAACAGUGGAACAAAAAGACACGUCUCACAUGGUGCGAAAAAUACCAGGGGUACCUAAAAAGGUACAAGUUUAAAAGGAAUCUCAUGUCGCUAUUCGGGUUCGCUCACUUUUGCUCCCUCAAUUGUUUGCUCUACAAAGAUUCCAUAAAGACCUACAAAUAUUUAAAGGAAAUCAUGCCAAACAAUUUUUAUGUGUCCUGUGAGCUAGCCAAAUUAUAUUAUUAUUGCGGGGAGGCAAAAAAGAGUAUAAAGUGCUUUGACAAAAUGAAUCGCAUCUGCAAAAGGAACAUCAUUUUGGAGAGACGAUUGCUGGAAGGUUGUUGUGUUCGCUAUUUGCAGAGAAGGGAAAGGAGAAGGAAGAAGGGGAAACAAGGAGCACAAACCAGUGGUGAGAGUGAAGCAUGCGUUCAGGUCAUAAGUGCGAAGAAGUGUAGAGAGAUGGAAAUGUUGCUGCUCCCUGGGUACUUCUCAAACGGGUUUGUUUAUGUAGAACUUUUGGUGAAUAUACUUGUGUGUGAGAAGAACCUCCCCGCUUUGUUAAUUCUUCUGCGGGAUUGUGAAAGAGCUGCGGAGAAGUGCACAGAUAAGAGUAGAAACGCAAAAUAUGACUCUAAAUUAUGCUACAUCAUGGGGAAAUAUUUCUCCCUAUGCAAUAAUCGGAAGAUGGCAAUUCUUUGCUUCAAGCAAGGAAUUCAAAGGAAUAAAUAUCACUUGUUCUCAUAUAUGGCUUUGGCUGAGGAGUAUUUCUCGUGUGGGAAUGUGAACAGUUCUGUUGGCAUUUUAAGGAGGGCUAUUAGUUUAUAUUUUAAUAACCCGAGUGCGUGGUUUAGCUUAGCUAAAUGUUUUGAAUGGAAAGAGAAUUACGAUUUUUCCAUUUUUUGUUAUGAACAAGCAAUAAAUUUUCAGCAAAGUACCAUUUGUUAUUUGCACCUGUCUGGGAUUUAUUUGAAAAAGGGAGACGUGAACAGUUACAUAGACACUUUGAAGAAAGCCUGGGUGUUUACAAAAGAUUCCUUGUUCGCGUCUAUGUUGUUUUUUAUAUAUUUAUCAAAGUUGAAAAGGCAAACUAGGAUGUGUUCCUUCAUGGAGGAUGAAGUGCAGGAAGAAAAUGUCGCUUACUGCUCUAACAAGGAAAGGAGUAAAAAGAAUAUUUUUCUUUUUUACGAAAAAAAUAAUGAGUGUUUCAGAUGGUGUGUCAAGUAUUUAAAUUGUUGUUUGAAUAAAAUGAAGAUAAUGCGGAGGUUAAAUCGAAUGGGACGUGUUUCGUCUGUCUCUAAAUUUGAAGUUGAAGAAGUUGGAAAGUGUGUCCAUUUGGAUGAUAACAUGAAAUGUGAGACGUACGAUAAAUGGGGCAGUAAUUCCUUUUUAAAAAAUUUUAAAAAGAUAUUUGAGAAAAACACAAGUUAUUUUUGCUUUAUUCACUUUUUAAGAAAUUCCUCCACUAUUCUGUUGGAAGCUAUAUACUACUUGGCACAUUAUUUUUUUUUCCACGAAAGUUUUUACAAUGCUUUGAAGCUGUUUGAAAUUUUGUGGGAGGCAGGGGGGAUGAAUUCGGAGGCCUCUUUCAGGAUGUACAGGCACACACACAGGAUGUUACAGGGCGGUUGGAAGGAAUCCAAGGGGAAAGCACGGUGA